GGAUGGUCGGUGGAAGGACAUACAACCUGUGCAGCAAGUGUGGGGCUCGAGUCUGCUUCCGCGCACCAGAAGCUGCAGCCGGUUGGUUGACAGGCUCUGCAGGGGACUCAGGUUGCCAUCUGCACAUUGGGAGCUGUAGCGGGCCCCCCUUUUUUUUCUUCUUGAAGCUUCUUCUACAAGGCACUGUUUCAGAAUUGGGAGACAGCUAUUUCCCUUCUGUCAAUCAUCGUUCAUUCUUUGUCAAAAUGAUGGAGGAUCACCUGACAAAGAUCCCAAUGAUGCCCUCCUGUUCGCCCGCCGAGUCGACCGGGAGCGGCGGGACAGACGACAGCAGAGGAGCCAAGAGUCCGGCCCCUGGCAAAGCCCUCAGCCCUGCUCUGGUCUGCAAAGUGUGCGGAGACACCAGCAGUGGAAAACACUACGGCAUUUACGCCUGCAACGGCUGCAGCGGCUUCUUCAAGCGCAGCGUGAGGAGGAGACUCAUUUACAGGUGUCAAGCAGGCACAGGCAUGUGUCCGGUGGACAAAGCACAUCGCAACCAGUGCCAGGCCUGCCGGCUGAAGAAGUGCCUGCAGGCGGGCAUGAAUAAAGAUGCUGUGCAGAAUGAGCGGCAGCCCCGCAGCACAGCGCAGGUGCGUCUGGACUCCAUCGAUGUGGACCAUGAGAAGGAGCACCUGGCCACCACGAGGGAGCCCACCUCCUCCUCUUCGUCCUCAUCCUCGUCCUCCUCGAGCGGCUCCGUCAUCACGUGGCCCCACAUCACCUCGUCCGUCGCCAUCAGCUCCUCUGUGCCCCCCCAACGCUGCGUCAGCCCGCAGAACAAUCACCGCUUCAUGGCCAGCCUCAUGACGGCCGAGACCUGCGCCAAGCUGGAGCCUGAGGAUGUUGACGAGAACAUCGACGUGACCAGCAACGAGCCGGAGCGAGCGUCUUCGGAGUACCACAUGGCACUUUACCCAUCCACCUCAGAAAACGUGUACGAGACCUCAGCGAGGCUCCUCUUCAUGUCGGUGAAGUGGGCCAAGAACCUGCCAGUAUUUUCCAACCUACCCUUCAGAGACCAGGUGAUCCUACUUGAGGAGGCAUGGAGCGAGCUCUUCCUGUUGUGCGCAAUCCAGUGGUCCCUACCGCUGGACAGCUGCCCCCUGCUCUCCUUGCCAGACCUGUGCCCAGGCAUGCAGGGCAAGACGAGCUUCACCGGCCUGGACCUGAGACUCCUGCAGGAGGUCUUCAGCCGCUUUAAGGCUCUCGCCGUCGACCCCACGGAGUUCGCCUGCCUCAAAGCCAUUGUGCUCUUUAAGCCUGAGACCCGCGGUCUAAAAGAUCCAGAACAAGUGGAGAACCUUCAGGAUCAGUCGCACGUGAUGCUGGGACAACAUAUCCGCUCUCACUACCCCGCUCAGCCGGCCAGGUUUGGAAAGCUGCUGCUUCUUCUGCCAUCGCUGCGUUUUGUGAAUUCCGAGCGCAUCGAGCUGCUGUUCUUCCACCGGACCAUCGGAAACACUCCGAUGGAGAAACUGCUGUGCGACAUGUUUAAAAACUGAAGAACGUGCAGUUUUCAAUUUGCUACCAGUAUGGAGGAAGGCUGGUGCUUUGUUAACUCUUAAGGUGAAUCUCAAGGUCACACUGUCCGCUCUUGCCAUGCCAGGUUCAUUCUGUAUCGUCUUCUUCGUGUAUUAUUUACAAUCUGAUUUUUGUGUUCACCCGCUCAGUAUCACAGUCACCUGCGAGUGUUUCUCUCUUUUCUCCUUCCACUGUCUAUUACAUUGCACAAAUUCAUUUGCUGGGUGGAUAGACGGACUGGGUACUCAAAGCUGUCGUCAGAGGCGUGAAUGUGUAUUCAUGUUGUCCUGCCUUGAGAUAAAGUAACAGCAACAGUUUCUGCUUUGUUUUCUCAUUUUAUGGGCUUGUGUAAUAAAU